AUGAAUUGUUAUACUUGGCUAUCUCUUCUGCUAACACUUGUUCCGCUAUGGCCUUGCCUUCCAAGUAUGCAGAACCAUAACACCCACAAAAUGAACCAACCUUUUGCAACACUUCAGAGAGUGAAACGUGGCUGGGUAUGGAGCCAGUUUUUUGUGCUGGAAGAACAGAUUUUAACAGAGCCUUUGUCUGUUGGCCAGCUGAAGUCUGAUUCCGACAAACUUGAUGGCACUUUCAAAUACAUUUUGACGGGGGAUGGAGCGGGAAGCAUUUUUACUAUCGAUGAGUAUACAGGUACAAUUCAUGUGACACAGAAGCUUGAUCGAGAAGAGAAACCUUUCUACACUCUAAGAGCACAGGCAAUUAACAGGAAUACCCAGCUGCCCGUUGAACCUGAGUCAGAAUUUAUCAUCAAAGUUCAGGAUAUCAAUGAUCAGGAACCAAAGUUCUUGGAUGGACCUUAUGAAGCCACUGUUCCAGAGAUGUCUCCUGAAGGUACUUCAGUGAUACAGGUUACAGCUACAGAUGGAGAUGAUCCUGCUUAUGGCAAUAGUGCCCGACUGCUUUAUAGUAUUUUGCAAGGACAGCCCUACUUCUCUGUGGAGCCAAAGACAGGGGUCAUUAGAAUUUCUUCCCAAAUGGACAGAGAAACUAAGGAGCAAUACUUUGUCAUUAUCCAAGCCAAAGAUAUGGUUGGGCAAAUGGGUGGAUUUUCAGGAACAGCAACUGUAACCAUCAACCUCUCUGACAUCAAUGACAACAAACCCAUAUUUCAACAAAAGUUCUACUACAUGAAUAUCUCUGAGGCGGCACCAGCGGGCUCUACCAUAGGCAAAAUCAUGGCAGAGGACAGUGACAUAGGGGAGAAUGCAGCCAUGAAUUAUGUCAUCGAAGGAGAGGAAUCACUUGUUUUUGACAUCAUUACUAACAAUGAGACUCAAGAAGGAAUUGUUAUAUUAAAAGAGAGAGUGGAUUUUGAGAGCAAAAGGAGAUACAGUGUUAGAGUAAAAGCUAUCAACAGGCAAAUGGAUGACCAUUUUAUGAAAGAAGGGCCCUUUGAAGACACAACCAUUAUCAAGAUCAGUGUGGAAGAUGCUGAUGAGCCUCCAGUUUUCACCUCACAGAACUAUGUGAUGGAAAUCGCUGAAGGGGCCACAAAUGGCUCCUUUGUUGGUGCUAUAACUGCCAGAGAUCCAGACAAUGCCAACAGUCCCAUCAGGUAUUCUAUUGUCCACAGCACGUAUUUAAAGAGAUUGUUCAGCAUCAAUGCACACAAUGGAACAAUCAUUAUAACUAAACUUCUGGACCGAGAGACAGCUGCUUGGCACAACAUAACUGUUACAGCCACAGAAAUGAGAAAUCCAGAACAAGUUUCUGAAGUAACUGUGUAUGUUCAAGUUCUUGAUGUUAAUGACCAUGCUCCAGAAUUUCCAAAACACUAUGAGAUUUAUGUGUGUGAAAAUGCAAGAUCUGGACAGCUAAUCCAGACCAUCAGUGCAGUGGAUAAAGAUGAUUCAGUAGAAGGCCAUCAUUUUUACUUCACUCUGGCUCGGGAGGCCACAAACAAUUCAAAUUUUACUGUCAGAGAUAAUCAAGAUAACACGGCUGGAAUUCUUACAGCAAAAAAUGGCUUCAGUCGACAAGAGCAGUUUGCUUUCUUCCUGCCAGUCCUAAUUGUGGACAAUGGAACCCCCUCACUUACCAGCACAAACACCCUAACUGUCAGCGUCUGUGAUUGUGAUACUGAAGCUAGUGCCCAGUCUUGUCGAUUUGGAGCUUUCAUGUUUUCCAUGGGUCUCAGCAUAGAAGCAUUAGUUGCAGUUUUGGCCUGCAUACUAGUAAUAUUAGUGUUUUUUUUGGCAAUGCUGGUUUUAAGGCAGCGGAGGAAGCAGUCCUUAUUUCCUGACAAGCCUGAAGAGUUCAGAGAGAACAUUGUCAGGUAUGAUGAUGAAGGAGGGGGUGAGGAGGACACAGAGGCUUUUGAUAUUUCAGCACUCAGGACUCGUACUGUCAUGAGAGAGCGCAAGUCUAGAAGAAACAUCACAACAGAAAUCCAAAGCCUUUACAGACAAUCUCUGCAAGUUGGUCCUGACAGUGCUGUGUUCAGGGAAUUCAUUUUAGAAAAGCUUAAAGAAGCUAAUGCAGAUCCUACUGCUCCGCCAUACGAUUCCCUUCAGACAUAUGCAUUUGAGGGGACUGGCUCAUUGGCUGGAUCCCUCAGCUCUUUAGGAUCAAGCAUGUCAGAUGUGGAUGAGAAUUAA